AUGGCACUGAAUCAUGUUUCAAGAGUGUGCAUAUCAGUGAAAGAUUCAGUGGACUUUUACACGAAAGUUCUGGGCUUCGUGUUGAUUGAGAGGCCGGAGGCGUUUGAUUUCGACGGUGCGUGGCUGUUCAACUAUGGAGUUGGAAUUCACUUGGUGCACGCUAAGGAUGAAAAGAAGUUACCGCAUCAUAGGGAGAAUCUGGAUCCCAUGGACAAUCAUAUCUCCUUUCAGUGUGAGAAUAUGGAAGCCAUGGAGCAGAAGCUGAAGGAUUACAACAUGAAGUACAUAAAAAGAACAGUGGGUGAUGAAGAUGAGGGUGCAAUUGAUCAACUGUUUUUCAACGAUCCUGAUGGAUUCAUGAUCGAGAUAUGUAAUUGUGAGAAUCUGAAACUCAUCCCUCAAGGCUCAUUAGGCCGCAUCAAGCUUCCCUUUGAUCGCCAUAAUCCCCCAGUAGAGUUGGACGAUAAGGCUGGUGAUUAA